GGUGUCCCUACCCCGGGCCCCCUCGGCCAUAACCCACUACUACUACCACCACCACCACUACCAAUAACCCACUAUCCACUGUGCAGUUGCCAACUUGCCAGUCAGCACCCACCCGUCCCUUCUGCUUCUCCAGUUGUGCCUGUGCUUUCCUCCUCAGGCAUUGUACCUGUUUCUCGUUUCUCGUGCGGACUCGGACUUCGCCUUGAUGCUCUGUGUCGCCCUCUACCUUCCCUAAUCAAUCUUUGCACUCAACCUUCAUACCACAUCAUCAAUCAAGAUCCUCUGUUCUUCAGACCCCCUACCAGAUAGUCACAUCGUCUUCCACCCUCCAUCCUCCAUCCCCAGUUCCCAAGGUCUCGCCUCGACUGGACCUUGCUGCAUCGCGCACCCAACUUCGGCAGCGUCUCCUGGGUGGAUCGCGGCUAUCUGCCCAUCCCUGACACCUGCUCUGUUUCGAGCUCCUGCGCCCCGACAACGUCGUCCACGAUCGUCCUCCAUCGAUCAGCUUACCACCCUUUGUGAUCGCAUCUGGUCCGCACUUGACCACUCCGCGAUCAUUCUCCUGCGUAUCCAUCAUCUGGUCCGAAAAGGACCAGAAUCACCAUCAUGUCUACCGACUUGACCGGAGAGCAGAUGCAGGCCAAGAUCACAGCUGCGAGACGAGAAGCCGAGGGACUGAAAGAUAGGAUCAAGCGCAAGAAGGAUGAUUUGGCUGACACAAGUUUGCGACAAGUCGCCAUUAAUAACACAGAAGCUCUUCCGCGGAUAGGCAUGAAGCCCAGACGGAAUCUCAAAGGUCAUCUCGCAAAGAUCUAUGCCAUGCACUGGUCGACAGAUAGACGACACCUUGUGUCAGCUUCACAGGAUGGCAAGCUGAUCAUCUGGGAUGCCUACACCACCAACAAAGUUCACGCCAUUCCUCUUCGCUCGUCCUGGGUCAUGACCUGCGCAUACGCCCCCAGCGGCAAUUAUGUUGCUUGCGGUGGUCUGGAUAACAUUUGCUCCAUCUACAAUUUGUCCACAAGAGAAGGUCCAACCCGUGUUGCUCGAGAACUGUCUGGUCACUCGGGCUAUUUGUCAUGCUGUCGUUUUGUCAAUGACCGGAAAAUCAUCACCUCUUCUGGCGAUAUGACUUGCAUGAUGUGGGACAUUGAGACUGGCUCAAAAAUCACAGAGUUUGCAGACCACCUUGGAGAUGUCAUGAGCAUCAGCAUUAAUCCGACCAACGCAAACAUCUUUGUUUCCGGUGCCUGUGAUGCAUUUGCCAAGUUGUGGGAUGUCCGGACAGGAAAGGCCGUUCAGACAUUUGCUGGCCAUGAAUCAGAUAUUAACGCCAUCCAAUUCUUCCCAGAUGGUAAUGCUUUCGGCACAGGCUCCGAUGAUGCUUCGUGCAGGCUUUUCGACAUUCGAGCUGAUCGAGAGCUCAUGUCCUAUCAGAAUGAGCAAGUGCUUUGCGGAAUCACCUCGGUGGCAUUCUCAGUAUCGGGCCGUUUACUGUUUGCUGGCUAUGAUGAUUUUGAAUGCAAGGUUUGGGAUACUCUACGUGGAGACAAGGUUGGAUCGCUCAAUGGACAUGAAAACCGAGUCAGCUGCCUCGGUGUCAGCAAUGAUGGAAUUAGCUUAUGCACAGGUUCAUGGGAUUCUUUGCUGAAAAUCUGGGCAUGGUAGCGCAUACCCGUUGGAAGUACUUGUCCGGGGGUGGGAGCGACGUCAAGGAACAGCAGUGUAGCCGGCAACAGCCUGAGCGACUGACGGCGCCGAUCUCCAAAUUAAAUCUGGACAGCACCCUAAUGAGGCUCUCUGCAAGACUUGUGUGAGCAGUCUAUUUCAACGGUCAUAAAGGAGAGGCGUUGGCCAUGUCAUCCUAACACCAUCAUCUCCGUCAUUCUCCCUCUUCUCGCGGCCCCUAAAAAAGCUCCUCCUGGAUAGGCCAUGGUGUUCGUGCGUCUUGUGUCGUUUUCGCGCGUAUGGGACAGAAACAUGGAAAAGGGGAAAAUCGGGUUUCUUUUUGUAACGCUCAGGGGACCAGCCGUCCCCUCGAGACCUCGGCUUGUUCAGGUGUCAGGGCUUAUGCGGUCAGCUCAGCGUCUCAGACGAGAUGUCCUCUCUGAACACCACAUCAGCUUUGCCAGGAGAAGAAGCAAGAUUUUUUAUUUCAACUACAAUACUUUGUGCGACAAGCCAAAAAAAUGCGUAUUUUGAGCCCUGGCACGACUCAUGAUGAUGUGACCGCCGGCAGCAGGGCAGAGUGGUUCUAUGAUUUUGGCGUUUUUGUUCCAUUGAAUGACAAGUUGAUUGCUGUGAAUAAUUCACCCAUGUUUG